AUGGAUAUGCUGUCAGUGUGUCUGGCGAGAGAGCGCAGAAAGGAUUUGAAGAAAAACAUUGCACCCCCAGUAUGCCUUCUCCCAAGCCAUACAUUACAUCAGCUCUGGGAGGAGUGCCUGGACCUCAUGUGGUGUGAGUCCAUGAAAGCAGAAGAGCUCUACCAGUUCGAAUGCCUCGAGAUCCCCCAGGAGGAGGUGGAGAGUGUCACUGUGGAGAUAAAGGUGUUGCUCGUGUGUGACAUCAUCACACCUGCAGGAGAUCGGUUGGACAGAGUCUGGGAAUGUUACGAGGAUAGUGCCGACAGGGAGAAACUUUUUGAUGAUGGGACAAGUUCUAAUCUCCGAGGAAAGAGUGACGAUGACUCAGGAAUAUUGAAUCGCCUCGUGUCCAACAGCCCGAUCGGAGCAGGAGGAGGUGGAGUGGGUGGCGGUCCGGACACGUACCAGCCCCGUUUCUCCUCUUCCCUCCCCACUUACCUCCCCGUCCAGUGCCAGCUGAGUGGGGCCGAUUCCGCGUUCUUCCUGCGGGAGGCCAAUCAGGAGGUCAUGCGCAACGGCAGCCUCUCGACGCGGACCGAGCCGUUCUUCCUCCAGCAGCUAGAGCCGGGCGUGGCCGCGCCGCAGCCCCUGCCGAGUGUCAAUUGCAGCUACGGCAAUCUGAGCGUCGAGCAGCCCAUUCCCGUGGAGCUCCUCCAAGGUCCCCCGCCACACCUGCUGCUCUCCACCAACCAGGUGACGCUCAACUGGAGGGUUAAAGGUCAAGUGGUGGUUCCCAAAGUGGGGUCGACGAGACCGUGGAUACAGGUGCUGUUUUACCUGAUAGGGCGGCGCUGGGAUGAACCGGACUCUCCUCCUCCGUCCCUCCUACCCUGUGUCAGAGCCGUGGCCGUCCGCGACACCAACGAGGCAGCGCCCUCGGCGGGCUGCCGCCUCAUGGGACCAUCUGGCAUCUGCGUGGUCCGUCUGGAGAUUCCCCCGGCUUGGUUCACACCGGCGCAAGCGAGAAAAAGACUUCCCGAAGUGACACUACCGCCAGUGGAUGUGUAUUACUCGAUCCUACCGGUGGAAGGGGCUGGUCGAGAGUGCCCCUCGAUUGUAAAUGAGCCGUGGAGAGCGUCGAGUGCAAAUGUGGGUCCUCUGGGAGGCCUCGGCCUAGGCCUUUCGGGACAGUGGAGCUCUUUAGAAGAUGGAGGUCUUCAAGAUAUGCUGAAAGCCGGCUCUGUCGAGAUGAGCGUGGGCCCCGUGUCCGCGAAAGGCGAAAGAUUGCAGUUGGAUGGGAAUUUGGAGGUUCUGGUCCCACCCAGUCCAGUCCGGCUUGGCAAGACAGUGGCGUUUGGCAUCUACAUGAAGUCAGACUCGAACAUGGAACAGUUCACGUUGAGUGUCAGUCUCACAGAGUCUGUUUACCAGCAACAGGAUCCAAAUGUGGAAGAAGAGCAAUGA